AUGUUGCGUAAGAAGCAGCUUAUUUCCAUCAACUUCCGUUUCAUCAACGUGUACUUUAUGAGUAGAACCACUGCCAUGGGGAAGUGCUACCCAACUGUGAGCGAGGAUUAUAAAAUCGCCGUCGAAAAAUGCAAGAAGAAGCUUAGAGGCUUGAUCGCCGAGAAGAACUGUGCUCCUAUCAUGCUACGUCUAGCGUGGCACUCUGCUGGUACUUUUGAUGUGAAGUCUAAGACCGGAGGUCCGUUCGGAACAAUGAGGCACAAGGCUGAGCUGGCUCAUGGAGCCAACAAUGGUCUGGAUAUUGCCGUCAGGCUAUUGGAGCCCAUCAAGGAAAAGUUCCCCAUCCUCUCCUACGCUGAUUUCUACCAGUUGGCUGGAGUUGUUGCUGUUGAAGUGACUGGAGGACCUGAGGUUCCAUUCCACCCAGGGAGGGAGGACAAGAGCGAGCCACCGGUUGAAGGCCGCUUACCUGAUGCUACCAAGGGAUCCGACCACUUAAGGGAUGUGUUUGUUAAACAGAUGGGUCUUACAGACAAGGACAUUGUUGCUCUUUCCGGUGGCCAUACUCUGGGAAGGUGCCACAAGGAGCGUUCUGGAUUUGAGGGACCCUGGACCAUCAACCCUCUCAUCUUUGAUAACUCAUACUUUAAGGAACUCCUGAGUGGAGAGAAGGAAGGACUUCUACAGCUUCCAUCUGACAAAGCACUUCUCUCUGACCCUGAAUUCCGCCCGCUUGUUGACAAAUAUGCAGUGGACGAAGAUGCCUUCUUCGCAGAUUAUGCAGAAGCACAUUUGAAGCUAUCUGAACUGGGAUUCGCUGAUGCCUAA